AAAUACUACGUACUGGCAGAAAUGUUGAUUUAUGAUUGGAUGUUCAUAAAAUAAAACCUUUAAGUUUUUAAACUUACCAAAAUUAUGGAUGGUUUUCUCUCGCUGUGAAAAUAAUUGUAAUCUCGGGAUAUCCAGUAUCGAGUUGGUCUCGCUAGUUUGAACGUUGAAACGGUUACACGGCAAUACUCAGAUAUUGAGGUUUAAGGUUAACUGCUAUAUUGCGGUUUUAAAAAAAGACCACGUGGUAACAAAUAUUACAGCGAAUUGUUAAUCGCUAUAAUGGCGGACUAUCGGAAAACACUAUCGUCUGCUACCGGUAUGACGGACGAUGAUAUGUAAAACAUAAACACAUGGACUGUGGCGGUUCGAAGUCGUCUGCUUGGCUGACCGCCACCGACCGGUUAGAUCCGGAAGCGUUACGCCGGAGCUACCGGAUCAAUAAUGUUACGCCGGAGCGCGUUCAAAAAUUCCCUCAUUUUCUAAUCGAUCCAAGAUGGCGGAUUAAUAUAGACAUAUAGUAAAAAAAGUGGUCAGGAUGAGCACAUUAGACUACUGGUAAAGGUUCCCGAAGAAUUAUUCUUAUGACAAAACACGAUGCGUCAAAAACGGUCGCUGCCCAGAUAUGGCCAUCACAUAACAAUCGGAUACAACGACUUAAAACCGUCAAACUACCGUUAUAAAGACAGAGACAAAGUGACAGAUCAUUCCAAACCAAGCUCCUACUGGGGACGACUCCUUGGUGUUACCAAGACAGCAAUAAAGAAUGUACUUUCUACCUAACAUACAUACGACUCAGAACUGCUUUAAACCUUCACCGUUAGUACACAGGCGCAGACUGAUCAGUUUGAGCAUUGCCAACAAAGAGUUUAUCAACGAUAUCAUCGGUAGAAAUUGGAAUAGCGUGACAUGUCACUCAGGAACACCGUUUGAAACUUGAGUAUGUGACAUCAUUUAAGAAUACCGGAAGAGCGGCACCAAUCAUGAUCGUCCAGGACUUUUUCACACCAGAUUGCAGUAUAACCCUAAAGUGGUGGACGAACCCCUUACCAUAUAUGAUGGGUACACGAUGGUGACGCGCCUAUACACAACUAAGGAUACUAUCACAUGGCUUAAAGUGAAACUACAUACUGGAAGUAUUAAACGCGGGGUUAUGACAUUACAUGGACAUAUUCUUUAAUCAUUCCGUGGCUUGGAGAAUGUCGGGAAUUUUGCGCGACGUGACGUAAAUUUCCACUGCCUUCGUUUUGUUUACUUUAAAGUUUAAACUAAUCACACUGAAUUGUAAUAUACCGGAGUAUAGAUUAUGCGAUCUGUUUAAUUUUACUUACAGGUUUAUAUUCACAAAUGCGCAUUCAUCCGUUAAGAUAUGUAAAAUGCGGGGAAGUCCCCACAGUAUCCUCUGUCAUAAAUUUAAACCAAACAAAUAGACUUGGACUAUUUUUACAAGUUGGUAUAUUUAUUUAAAUCACAGUGAUGUUUUCGAAAAAGCCUUGGUCUAGGACAAAAAGGAACAAGCGUGAAAACUCAUUUAGAAGGAAAGAUGUCCUGUUAUCAAAAGAGAAUCUAUACUGGGAUGAUAUGCACAAGCGCGAAUACAGGGAUUCAGAAUUUUCCUGCAAUCACGUGAACCCAACUGUUGAAGAUGAGGACACCGUUUGGAAGGUUCGAGGAUGUCAGGGCGAGUCAAGUCAAUAUCUAGAACCCCUGUGCCAAGCAAUGAUUAUGAAGGAAACUGUGAUUUGUGGUCCGGAGAUAAAGGUUCGCCCUCUUCCACCUUUACCACAAGCUACACCCACCAGCUCUAUCUACAAUUAUGUCGAUAAAGAAUUUUGGUCAGACGAGCAUAGAGAUUCAAAUGAGAGAAACCAUUAUGAAGAAAGGCUUCAAUUCUUUAAAGAAAUGAUUAUUUCAAACGUUGAUGUAAGACAAGUCCUCCCACAUCUCACGUUUGUAGAAUAUCCACAAAAGUACAGAAACAUUGCAGACAGAAGUAAACGAGACGCAAUGAUUUUACUCGUUAACGAGAUCGAAAAAAGCGAAGAACUUGGUCGAUGGAAGCAGUUUGUCGAGGCGUUGGAACGAUGUGGCUAUGAAUAUAUCUCCCGAUGCUUAAAAGGUCAUUCAGUAAUUGAUAAUAGUUACCAAAAGAAGUUCUUAGAAAUAAUGAGCGUUACAGUACGAAAACAAAUUGUUCCAACGGAGUUGACAGCGUAUCUUUGGAAUGCUGAUGUUAUAAACGACGAGGACAAGCAGCGCAUUGAAUGUCAACAAACAUUGCAAGGUGAAAUUGCAGCAGCGGAUUUGUUAUUAGAAAUCCUACCAACAAAAAAUGAUAAUUGGUACAAACUUUUUAUUGAUGCUCUUCGGCAUGCCGAAAUGAUUGAUGUGGCAAAUUUGUUAGAUCUUCCUGAACUACGUGAAGGAAAAAAAGUGCCAAAGAUAAUUUCCACGAGAACUGACGCGGAAUAUUCACCAGCCAACUCCAUGCAAGAAGUCACAGAAAGGAUAAAAUUUAAAACGAUUCCCGAUAGCGACAACACCGUUUUCAAAAGCACAUCAUUGGAUGAUGUAAAUGAACAAAAUACGAAUAUGAACUAUCAGAAUAAAGAUUCGUCAAACAUGGACACAAUGGAAAACGAAACGUGCACAUGGUCUUCCUGGUCUUCUACGAAAUCAGUACCAGAAAUUCCUUUUUUCGUUGUCGCCCUGCAUUCACGGCCAAAGAAAAGGGAAAUGGAAUUGUCGAUAUCUGAAGGGGAUUGCCUGAAAGUGGUGGAAGAUUACGGGGAUUUUUACGGUGUGCAGGUUGAAGGCAGAACUUGGCUUAUUCCAAGGGACUCUGCAAAAGUAUUCGAUAAGGUACCAAUUCCGUUGCCGCGUGAAUGCGCGGAAUCUGCUGAUGAAACGUAUUCACCUCCUCCUCCACUUCCAGAAAGGAAUUCUCCUUCAAUUCCAGAAAGGAAUUCUCCUUCACUUCCAGAAAGGACACCAGUGGAUGCUUUCAAGAUUAAUGAUACAACAGAAGCCGCAACGUAUAGUGAUGAUAAACGUUACGAAGAAGUUGAAUCACACCAUCUACGAGCAAAAGUAUUCGAUACGGUACCAACUCCGUUGCCGGGUGAGUGGGCGGAAUCUGCUGAUGAAACGUAUAAAGUUCCUCCUCCACUUCGUGAAAGGGCACCAGUGGACGCUUUAAAGCUUAAUGAUACAACAGUCGCCGCAACGGAUUGUAUUGAUAAACGUUACGAAGAAGUUGAAUCACCCGAUCUACGAGAUACUGUCGACGAAGAAGUUUGUACUCAAGGAUCAUUAAACGAAUUACUAGAUUGCCCCCCAUUUGUCAAUGCAUUUAAGAAGACAGAGGAUUCAAGGGAAAACAAUGUCAGAAAUGCGAAAUGUACACGCCAAUUAAGUUCUUUCCAUUUAUUAAAAGAUAGCUCAACCCUUGAUGACGUUAUUGAUGCAGAUUGGAAAACUUUAAAGGAAGAACAAGAUCGGUUGUUUAAAGCUGAAAGACUAGUUAAGGAAGAACUAGAACGAUUAAAGGCCCUUGUUAAUAUAAAAAACAAUAUAAAUGAACUCCAAUGUCAAAAGUUGAAAGUUGCAAAAGAUUUCGCAUCUGCAGGAGAAAGAUUUAAACUGCAUCGCGAGAGCAUUAAAGGUGUACAGGGAGGUAAUUUCGAUCACUUUGAACCAGAAUCAGAAUAUUCAUCGGAAGGGUUAUAUUCUGCUCAACACAUGUUAAGAAAUCGAACGGAAAAGACAUCUAGAGACCUGCCACUUCAAUUCGAAAUGUACAGAGCACGCUCAACAGGUAGAAAGUCAUGGCGGAGUAGGGCUUCGUCCUUCAAAGAUUCCGCUAUCUACGAAUGCACUAACCUAGCAGCAGUUGAGGAAGAUACAUAAAAGAAUCGAAUAUAUGUCUGAAAGAUAUAAGACAUUUGACCUCUUAAAAAUAGAUUACAUCUUUCGCCGAGUUUAUGGGAAAGUUUCCAUCAAGAAUAGACAAGGUGCUCCUCUCAUCAUUGUGAGCAACAUCUAUGACCUUGUGAAGUAUGGCUACAAGCCAUCUGAGUGAUCUUAGUCCUAACAUGUCUUUUGCCUUAGAGCUAAGCUGAAAUUGACAUUGCUACACAUUUAAUAUUUGUCAUAAAUAUCUGAAAAUGUCUUAGUUUUACUGAAACAAAAAUCAAUGUCAAUAUUAUAAAUUCAUCUUUUUUUAAUGUGUAUGUAUUUAUUAACAUUUCUUUAUCUAUAUCUCCUUGUUUGAAAUACAGUCAUAUUUAAAUCAGAACCCUUGGUUCACAUUUACAAACAUCUCCACUGUGUCUUAAAAAGCUUGUGUCCUUGUUUGAAAUUCAUCACAUUUGAAGCAUUAGCCUUGAUUUACAUGUACAUGGAUGCAUGUAUAGCUUCCUCAUUUUCAUUUCAUUAUUUAAAAAAAAAGAUCAUAUGUAAUCAUCACCCUUGAGUCACAUAUACACACUGUACAUGACUAUCUUCCCUUGUUUAUAUUUCCUUGUUAGAAAUAUAUCCUUUUUUACUAAAUACACUUUUUUUCAGAUAUACAUACAUGCAUAUCUUGUCUUAUCUAGAUUUCCUUGUCUAAGAUACUGUAUACCAUGAGUAAUAUGUUGCCUUGAUUCAAACAGUAAUACAUGUAUCAUCUUGUCUUAUCAAAAUUUCAUUGACUAAGAUAUACCAUACAUAAUCAAUAUCCUCGUUUCUCAUACAAAUACAUGUAUAUUCUUUUUUUACCGUACAUGUAAAUUUUGCCUUAUUUAUAUUUCCAUCGGCUUGUUAGAAAGGUACCAACUUUGAAUAAGUACUCCUGACUCACAUACAAAUACAUGAAGGCAUACAUGUAAACGUUGUUUUAUCCAUAGUGCAUUGCCUAAGUUAAAAACCAUUCAUAAAUAGUAUCUUUGAAAAAAAUGUGACCCACAAAUAAAUACAUUUCAUUA